GAGAUUAAAAUUUCUGAUACCAUACUUUACGGUAACCAUACAAAUUAAUUAAAUCCUGGUCCCUAACUUGACGGUUACCCACAAUUAUAUAAUGUUUAACAGUGUUAUUAUAGAUAUACUGUGAUUAAUCUCUUAAUGAUUGGCCUUUUUUGUGUAUUCCUAUGUGGGUAUGUAAACUAAUGUGACAAGACUUAAUGCACAAACACUGGCUAUUUCCUUUUAAAAAAUAAAUCUAUAAACUUUGACAAAUCCGUCAACAGGUGUGUCACAUAUGCCAGAAAAUGAAUUCCAAAAAAACAUAAAAUCUGUUUUUGCAGUUAAGUAAAUAAUGUAAAACCAUUACAAAGAAAAUAGUUAUACAAAAUAAACCAUAGUUUACACAAUCAAAAUGCUGAUAAAUGGAGUUUAGAACUCAAUCAUGAAAUAAUAAUAAGACAGCUAUGUACUUCUAAAAUUUAUAUUGAAUCUAAUUAUUGUAAGUUACAUAGCUUACAAAAUAAAUCAAGUCAAUAAAAUGUCCUGUGAUGCGAUCCUGUCCUGGAAUUUAUUACUCUUGAGACGGGCAUCUGAUACUUUUUCGAAAAUUAUUCAUUAUUCUGCCUGCAAGCAACAGGUCUCAAGCAAAAAAUAUUUCUGUUCAAAUUGCUGUUCAAAUCUACCAGUAAAAUCUGUAGAAACCGAGCAAAGCUGUAAUCCCACGAGUUUGGGACCAAGACAUAUUUGUGUUACUUGCGACAUACCAAGAGCACUUGUACCUGUGGAUACUUCGAGGAAAGAUCCAUCUGAUAUCAACUUACAGAGGAACUUGCUUUAUAAGAUCGUAAACAUGAAGAAAAUGUUCAGCUUAUAUUGGUCAGCUGCAAUAAGGAAAGUCACCAUGUGUACCAAAGUUCCCCCUGAACAUACUCAGAUAGGUGUCAACAAAUUCGAUGGGAUUGAUAUGACACCCGUCCGACCCAAAAGGAAAGAAAAUCCAUCACCACUAGAGAUACCUGAACCCAGUGUGCCGGGGGAGAAUUUACCAGGGUUUCCCAUCCCUGGGAUCCCAGAUGUGGCCAUUCCCAUAGUGCCAGAGCUUCCAGUGCCCGAUAUGCCAGAGAUCCCGGCACCAACGCCCCAGGUACCUGGUAAACCGAAGCCGAAACUGAAGCCUUUACCAGGACACCCGGUACCUACAUUACAAGACACCCUCAGAGAAAGGUGGCCCUUACCAUUUAUACGUGACUUGAUAAGACAAAGAUUCCCUAUACCUGCUUUUCAAGAUUCCCCUGUAACAUUAAUAUCUCCAUUCAUACAGAGUCCAUUAGAACGAAAUAAAAUAGUACAGAAUAUUAUGAGAUCCAACAUCCGGUAUUUAUCUACUCCCAAUCAGAACAGCAAUGGGAAACUUGAAAUUUCUAAAGGAUUAAUUAUACCGCCAAUGGUUCAGGAUUUGUUGAAAAGAGAUAAGAUUUAUGUACCAAAAGACGAAAUAAUUUGCACACUUACAAAAUUAUCUCCUGCCGAAAUCCAAGCAACAUAUGAUUUGAUAAAAAGGCACAAACAGAAAGUGAAGGACACUCAAGAGAUACCGAAUGAUUUUAUAUUUGGGAUGACGUAUGAACAAUUUCAACAAUUAUUAACUUUCGUAGCAAUAUCAAAGAAACAAGAAAAUCCGUCACAACUAUUAGGCAAUAAGUUAUACAUACCAAGUCAGCUGUUUAUAAACAACGCUAAGUUUUUGGUUCCAGUAAAAAAACAAGAAUAUUUUAAAGGUAUCUUUACAGGCCAAAUUCAGGUAAAAGAUCGAAAAUAUUUCAAACGUUUUUAAUAACAGUUGAUUUGGUUUGUUAGACGUCAUUGGAUAUCGGAACAACCCGUGAUUAUACAAUUACAAGGGCCAAUUUUACCGACAGUCGUUUAUUGAAAAUCGGUAGUUUAAACCUUGAAAUUAUGAAGUUGAAAAUUUCGUGAAAACUAAAAUUCUGCAAAAACGUGUUUAUCUUGUUGGUAAAAAUGGUCCUUAAUAUGUAAUGUUUCAAAUAACAAGUUUCCAAAGUUUUAAAUUGUAAGUUGCAAUAAAAGUUUUGAAUCUAAUAAGAGUUCAUUAUUUGUGACACAUUAAUAUGUCGGUUAUAAAAAAAGCUAUUCUUUUACAUCCUAGAGAUGAUGAUUCCAAUGGAAUUUCAUCACUUUAACAGAUAUCCAAAAGGACUCCAUUCAGAAAUUGCCAGCGAACUCGCUUGAAGCGCGAACCACAGUACUAUUUGCCUGACGAAAUAAGUGUGAUGUUACAAGUACAUUUGGGUUAUAUUAUGAUACCCAAUCGAGAUAAAUCAUUAUAACUCUGUAAACAUAUUCUA